AUGACAAGAGCGCUGGCGGCGAGUUACAAAGGGCUUUCGGUCAUAGUAGCUGGUAACGAGUACAGUGUGACUGCAGACCGACGCACUAGCGUCGAUUUCACUUUGCCUUCAUGGAGCCUUCCGUUUGACAUCAGACUAAAGCAUAGUGGAAAGUCCUCUUCCAUUACCGGAUUCCCACAAUCGGCCGACGGAUUGGUAGAGUUGCAACUUCAUGGUGGAAACCUGCUGAGGCCAACUACGAAACGAUCCAGAGUAAGAAGUACAUACAGCCCUCGCCUACCAAAGAAGAGAAGACUGUUUUUGUAA